UUUUUUUCCCCCCCCUUUCCCCCGUCUCUCCCUCUCUCCUUUUAUCAUCAUUAUCGCUAUUAUUUAUUACCGCCGCUCUCCAGCUCCCUGCCCGGCCCCCGGGCGUCCCGGCCCGUCCCUCCUCCUCCUCCCCCUGCCCCGCGUCUCCCCCCCCCCCCACCCCCCUUUUCGGCCGCCCCUCCCUCGGCAGCCACCACCCCGCAGCCGUGCCGGGGCCCCGCCAGCAGCAGGCGGCGCGGCCAAGCGGGGCUCGGAGCGGCGGCGAAGCGGGGCUCGGUGUCCCGGCGGCGGCCGCAGCCCCUCCGGCACGGCCCCGGGCCCAUCCCGGGAACCGCCGCUAGGUGGGGGGGGGAGCCCGGCCUCCCUCCCCGGCCUCCCAACAAUGACUUUGGGCAGCAGCAGCGGAGGAGGCGGCGGCGGCUGCGGGAUCAUGUCCGAGCGCUCCCCGGAGGAAGAGCCGCUCUCCGAGGUGGAGGACGCGGAUAUCGACGUGGUGGGCCCGCCCCAGGACGGGGGCAAGUACAGCGAGGACGAGGAGGACGAGGAGGAGGAGGACGACGACGACGACGAGGAGGACGACGAGGAGGACGAGGGCGAUCCGCUGGGGCUCGCCCUGCCGCGGAGCGGGGCCGCCAAGGGGCGCAUGGGGGGGUCCCCGGAGCGCCUGUCCCCCGCCGGCGGCUCGGAGCCGGCGUGCGCCCGCGGCACCGCGCCCGGGGACAAGGCGACGGCCGGCGGCGGCGGCGGAGGGGGAGGCGGCGGGGGAGGCAGCGGAGGAGGCGGCGGCGGGGGGAAGAACCCGCUGGUGAAGCCGCCCUACUCGUACAUCGCCCUCAUCACCAUGGCCAUCCUGCAGAGCCCCAAGAAGCGGCUGACGCUGAGCGAGAUCUGCGAGUUCAUCAGCGGCCGCUUCCCCUACUACCGGGAGAAGUUCCCCGCCUGGCAGAACAGCAUCCGCCACAACCUCUCGCUCAACGACUGCUUCGUCAAGAUCCCCCGGGAGCCCGGCAACCCCGGCAAGGGCAACUACUGGACGCUGGACCCCGAGUCCGCCGACAUGUUCGACAACGGCAGCUUCCUGCGCCGGAGGAAGCGCUUCAAGCGGCAGCAGCAGCUGCACCCGCCGCACCCCGAGCUGCUGCUGCGGGCCGGGGCCGCCGACCCCGCCGCUUUCCUGCCCGGUUUCGCCUACGGACACUACGGCUACAACUACGGCCUGCAGCUGCAGGUACCCCCCGCCCCAUCACCACCACCCCGCCGGCGGCGGGCCCCGGGCGCUUUCCCCUUCCCGGCUCCGCACUGCCCGUUACCGGCUCCGCCGCCUCCCGCCGCCUCCGUCUUCUCCGCCGCCUCGGGGCUGCCCUCGUUCCUGGGCGGCGAGCUGAACUGCAGGAAAUCCUUCUACCACCCCCAGCUCAGCCCCAGCGCCCUGCCCGCCGCCCUGCUGCAGACCCUCAAGCCGGACCCCUCGCCCACCGGUGGCGGUGGCACGGGUGGCGGCGGCGGCGGUGGCGGCGGCGGCGGUGGUGGCGGUAACCCCUCCCGGCCCUCUUUUUCCAUAGACAACAUCAUCGGGGGGGCCGUGCCCCCGCCGCCCAGCACCAACCCCAGCGCCGCGCCCGCCGCGCCCUACCCCGCCGGCCAGGCGGGCCCCCCGGCGCCGGUCCUGGCCAUGCUCAGCCCCGCCUUGGCCCCGGCGCAGCCCCAGGUCGGCCUGGCACACGAGCCGCUCCUGCAGCCCGCGCAGAACUUUUCCAGUAAAAUCACAAACCUUAGCAGCUGUCAUUUUUAAAGCGGGCUCCGGCCAGGAGAAAAGGGGAAGGGGAGGAGGUGGUGGUGGGGGGGGGGGGAGAGGCGCAAACCAAACGGCCCCUUCCCAGCUCUCCUCGCCAAUCUGCUCCCCUUCCCUCUGCCCCGCUCUCCCCCUUCCCCCCAACCUCCUCCUGUUGUGUUUUAAGGUAGGAAAUAUUUCCUCUUUUUUUUUUUUUUUUUUAACUUUAUUUCCAGGCUCUGUGGCAUCCAAAUCUGUUUGUGUCUCUUUCCUCGGAGAAAAAAAAAAGAGAAAGAAAAAUGAAAAAGAAAAAUCGGGAGGGGGAAAAUAACAAUAUUUCAUCCCGCAAGCGCCAAAGCGUAUUCAGAAAGUGGCCGUAACAUAAGCUGGGACCUGAGCGAGCAACGUCUUGCAGGGGGAGGGAGGGAAGAAGGGGUCUGGGGGUGAGAAAAGAAAGGUUUUAGGGUCCGAAAUAUUUUCUUUGAGAGCUGCGGGGCUUUUCUGCCAGGUCCCCAGAUGCAGCCCGCGGGGGGACUUUGGGACGUGCCCGCUUUCGGUGCCCUCAGCCCCUCUCCCUGGCGGCUUUGCCAGGGGUGUCCCUCCUGCCCCUUCUCUCAAGGAAAACGUUUGAACGGCUCCAUCUUAUUUUGCAGUUUCUUUGAAGCUUUGGUUUUAAAAGGCACUGUUUAGGGUUUCUUUAUUUUUAAGGAAAAGAAAAGUCGGUGAAACUCAGGACUGCGUUUUUUUUUUUUAAUUAUUUUUCAAUGAGACAUUCAAAUGCACGUUUAAAUGAAAAUCUGAUCCGUCAGGAAGUUAGGAGAAUUCCCGUACUGGUUUUUUUUUUUUUUUUUUUUUUUUUUUUUUCUUAUCCCCCUUUUCCCACCUCCUCCACGCGUGGGUUUUUGGUGUAUCGGUAAUUAUUUGUAUAUAGAUUAUUCGGGAGCUAAUGAGCGGAGUCCAGUUUACCCUUCACUGGUUGUGCAUCCGUCAUAUCUUAUUUUAUUGAGAGAAUCUGUGAAUAAUUUGAUGUGGAAAAGGCAACAGAAUUUUGUCCGCCGGUGGUGUAAAUUAAUAAAUGUUUGUGACCUGGUUAAAAAAAAAAAAAAUGAAAAAAUGAAAAAAAAAAAUCCCAAUGGUUCUUUGCGAUGUCCUUUGUCACGCUGAGAGCCGAGAGCCCCGCUCGGGCCUCGGGGAAGCGAGGGGCUCCCAGGUUUUGGCGAAAUUCAGCGAGUUUCGCUGCUCCGGCUGCCGAAGGGGGGGUCCCGCUUUAGGUCCCUCUCCGCGGGCGGCGAGGAAGGGCUCCCCCCCCCCAGAUUUUGGAUUUGGUUUUAUUUCUUUGGUCGCUUUUUGGUUUCCCCCCCCAUCGCACCGCUGCUCGCUGAAGCCCUGCUCCUUUCCAUGCCUUUGCCGGGGGAGGCGGUGGGGGCCGGGAGGAAGGUUCCUAACCCCUUCUCUCCCCGCUCCGCGUCCCUUUAU